AAGUACUUCCCGUGUCAAAGGUUAAUCACGUUGUUUCUGCGCGCCACAGAUUGGCUAGAUAGCAAUGAAUUAAAUUACUCUUAAAUAACAAAUCUAGCUUAUGUUUUGAACAGUCGCUGUUGUCCUAAAGAAUCGAGUAGUUGCGAGGCUUCUGUGUUUGCAUUACGACAUCUAAAAAUAAUUUGGGGUUGUUCAAGUCAUAACAGGGGCUUAAACAUUUGAUCCCCUGCACAAAUUCACAGAGUGGGCCAACGAUGGCUGGAAUUUUGUUUGAAGAUAUCUUUGAUGUGAAAGACAUUGAUCCAGAUGGCAAGAAGUUUGACAGAGUGUCUCGUCUGCACUGUGAGAGUGAAUCUUUUAAGAUGGACCUCAUCUUGGACGUGAACAUUCAGAUCUAUCCUGUGGAUCUUGGUGACAAGUUUAGACUGGUGAUUGCCAGUACUUUGUAUGAAGAUGGAACACCGGAUGAUGGAGAGUACAAUCCUCAGGACGAUCGACCAUCUCGAGCGGACCAGUUCGAGUAUGUGAUGUAUGGAAAAGUCUACAAAAUUGAAGGAGAUGAGACUUCAACAGAAGCUGCAACUCGCCUAUCUGCUUAUGUUUCUUAUGGAGGCCUCCUCAUGAGGCUGCAGGGCGAUGCCAACAAUCUUCAUGGUUUUGAAGUAGACUCCAGAGUCUACCUCCUCAUGAAAAAACUGGCUUUCUGAACUAAAAAAUCCCCCCCCAACAUACACACACAGAUUGUUUCAAAGUCAUGGUGAAACAAUCACUAAUACUCGGGUCUGGAGCAGCUGCCAGAUGGAAUACUGGACUAGUUUUAUUAUUAUUUUUCCAUAAUGUUGUUUCUAGGACAGAGAAGAUUUUUCAUGAAAAAAAAAACUUUUACAACUUCUAAAUGCAUGCAAAUUGUAAAUAAAGAUUUCUUUUGUAAAAUGA